GUGUGUCUUUUUUUUUUUAUGUUUUAUAUUUUUUCUCUUCAAGUGGCUGGCUGUUCUCAAGAUAGGUGUGCUUGAUCGUCGUUCGUGCAGAGACAAAUAACAAGAAAACAAACCCGGAUCGCGCGUUGAAUGUACUGCACGCCGCCGCCGUCGUUGGUGGACAGUCACCAACACCCGGCACAGCAGCAGCAGCAACCGCCACAACAGCCACAACCACAACAACAACAACAACAGCAACACCAACAACAGCACCAACUCCACCAACAACAGCAGCAGUAUGCCAUGCAGCGCCUGCUCAACCCGCCCCAACAGCAGCAUGCGGUGGAGUCAACAAUACCAACAACAGGGUCUGCGGCUACCGCGGCACUCCUCCAACACCACGAAAGCAUGCGCAGCAGCAGCAGCAGCAGCGGCACUGGUAGCAGCAUGCUACACUCUCAACAACAACCACAACAACAACAACCGCAGCAGCAGCAGCAGCAAUUAUAUGGCCUCGCGCAAAAUCCGCAGCAGCAGCAGCAGCAGCUCUUGUUUUCGCAGCAGGCGCACGAGUCGGCAGUUGCAUCUCCGCCUCAAACGCCAUCGAGCGUACACGCUGCCUCAGACGCAUCGUCGCCAUUAAGCACCUUGGUAUGGGUUGCUGCCGCAUCACGGGUCAACACGGGCGCGGCGCCAAAUGCACCGAGCAAUGGUGGUGGCGCGAGUUUGCAGGGUGAGGCACUGCCGCCACUUCAACAGCAGCCAGCCCCGUUCGAUCGCAGUGCCCUGAGUACGGUCGGCUCGCGAUCGGAUGGUAGUGUAAAAAGCAUGAGCACGAGUGUGGCCAGCACCCGAGGUGCACGAGAACCUCCGACGCCGAACAGCAGCUCAGGCUUGAUUGUUCUGAACCCCGCCCCGCACACGAUGGCAACCAUCGCACCAACGCCCAAUUCUACAAGUGGACCAAGUGCUGCUGGAUUUUCGACUGGCCACAACAAUCACAACAAUGGCAGUGGCCCGGCAUUGCCCAGCAACCCUUUCACGAUUCCAGGAGGCGAAUCAUCUGCAGGUGAUCAAGCCACCUCAGGAUCGCCCUCCACCUCGCCGAAUCAUCAUACACGUACUACCAACAGCAACAACUCUGCGCCAGAACCCUCCAACCAAGCGCAAGCAUGGGCGUAUCAGUACCCUUCCGCGGUCGGCGCCAUAAACUCGCACAACUAUUGGCCAGAAGCAAAGCAGUUGCAUCAGCACUAUCAGCAUCAGUUGCAGCAACAGCAACUAAAACACCAACAACACAUGCAACUGCAGCAGCAACACCAUCAACAACAACAGCAGCAGCAGCAGUUGCAGUUGCAGCAUUUGCAGCAAGUGCAUCAGCUGCAGAUGCAGCAAGGCCCAUUCCAAGUGUCUGCCCAACAGCGGCUGCCGCAGGCACCGAAUGCUUCCCAUCCAGCAUUAGCUCAGCAAAUGCCGUUUGGGCUUAUGGAUGGGUCUUAUGGCCGACCCCAAGGUAGCUCUGCCAUGGUGCAACCGGCCAUGUUUUCCAACAUUGCGCUACAGCAGCAGCAACAACAACACCAGCCGCAGCAGCAGCAGCAGCAGCCGCAGCAGCAACACCAGCUCCAGCAACCUCAGCUCCAGCAACCCAUGGGGCGAUCUCUCCAUCCGUAUCAGCAGCAACAAGCUGCCUCUCAGUUUGAAGGUGCUGUUGAUGCUUACGCUCCGAAGGGUGAAUUUCAGCAACAGGUUCAACUGCAUCACCAACACCAGCAAUCCUUUGUGCAAGGCAGCACUGGGCUCCAAUCCUCUCAACUCGUAGCGCCGUUAGUCCUGGCCGACGGACUGAAUUUCAUGAGCAGCAUUCCUUCUCCCACGACGUUCAAUUCUUCGGGAUUUUCGCACCCGCCCAGCCAUUCAUCCUCGUCUUCUUCGUCGGUCAGCAAUCCGAGUAUGAGCGGCGGGUCUGGAUGGAACCCCUAUCCGUACCAGCAGCAGCAACACCAGCAGCCAGUGCUACAGCUCUCUUUGGACGGCGCAAUGCUGUACUCUGGCAAGAUGAACACGCAUCCGAACCUGACCGAUCCUGCACUCCUCUUGCCCAAUCAUGCGCACCAGCAGCUCCAAGUCGAUGCCCACAACGUCACCCCAAUACUGUACGGGUCUCACCCCGGGCAGUUCGUGCCAAACCCGACGCACAUGCUCCAGCAGCAGCCGCAGCAGCAAUUGGUGGCAUUCCCGCCAAUCCAGCACCAGGCUCAUCAUCAACAGUCGCAGCUGGCACAACCGCAGUUGCAGCAACAGCAGCAACAGCAGCGUCCACUUCAACAGCAGCGUCCACUUCAACAGGCACAACAGCAGCCAGCUCCGAUUCAACAGUCAUUGCAUCCAAUUCCGAUUCAACCGAUGCACCCCAACCUGCAACAACAACAACAACAGCAGCAGCAGCAGCAGCAGCAGCAACAGCAGCAACAACAACUACAACAACCACGACAAGCAGAACAAACACCACAGCAUGUCUGGCUGCAGCAAUUGGAGCAGCAUCGGAACAAUGAACCGCAACUUUCGCCAAACAAACUGGCAGAAAUCAAUAAUCGAAUGCGGCAGACGAAAUUUACGAUUGCCUCGCAGAAGGAUCGUUCGUACCGCUGCCCCGUUGCCGGGUGCACGCGGACUUACACCAAGAGCUCCCACCUUUCGGCACAUGUUCGCCGGCACUCUGGCGAAAAGCCGUUCGAGUGCACCCACACUGGCUGUGGUCGGCGCUUUAGCCGCUCGGACGAGCUCUCGCGUCACACGCGCUCGCACACUGGUGUGCGGCCGUUCGGGUGUGAAGUCUGCGGCAGCCGUUUUGCACGCUCAGAUCACUUGCAAAAGCACAAGCGAAUGCACAAAAAGUAUGAAGUGCUGCACCUCGAACCCCCCAAUGUAGCGACGCGGUCUGCGAGUCGCUCCCAUGCUCCAAAUAAUGGCGAUCUAACCGAUGAUCCAGAGUCAGCAGCGACUGGUUUCGAUGCUGACCAAUAUGAUGAAGAGCCAGAAGAUCAGGAUGACGACUCGGCCUCUCAUUCUGAUGCGAACGAAUAAGCAGCACAACGUGAACUGGUUUUUAUUGUUGUGCUGUACGCUCGUUGUUCUUCCUUUGUCGGUGCCCCAAUUUUUUCAUUGUUAUCCAUUAUACCCCCCCCCCUCUCUUCUUAAUUCACCUCAUCACUUCAAAGAUUUGAAUUUCGGCUACGAUAGAGCACAAAUAACUUGUGGUUUGAUACACCAACACCUGAAAUGAAACGCAAGAUGGAAUACAGAAUAAACGCAAGAGAGAAACACUCAAAAAAAAAAAAAGCAUGCCUUUUUCAAC